AACCGUCUCAGCAAAACACAAAAACGUACUGCGUCGUUUGUUGACUAGUGCUGAGACCUAAAUUCUUUGUCGUUCACCAUUUUUAACUUUUGGUCAAGUUAUUCGCGUUGUGCGCCCAUCUCAAACUGUCAAAUAAAGAAGUAUCAACCAUCAUGAAGUGGCAAUACAAAGAAGAACAUCCUUUCGAAAAACGAAGAGCCGAAGGAGAGAAAAUUCGCCGUAAAUAUCCAGAUCGUGUGCCUGUUAUUGUUGAAAAGGCUCCAAAGGCAAGGAUUGGAGAUCUGGAUAAAAAAAAGUAUCUGGUGCCAUCAGACCUAACUGUUGGACAAUUCUACUUCCUAAUCCGCAAACGAAUCCACCUCAGACCAGAAGAUGCUCUGUUUUUCUUUGUCAAUAAUGUAAUUCCUCCUACUUGUGCUACUAUGGGGACCUUGUAUCAGGAGCAUCAUGAGGAAGACUAUUUUCUCUACAUAGCCUAUAGUGAUGAAAGUGUCUAUGGAAACUAACUUUUUUCUUACAGGUGCUUUCCGUUGAAAUGUCAGUGACAUGUUUCCUUAUUUGAGCACAUUAUAAACCAUUCUGCUGCUCUCUUCUCCAUAUUUUCUUGACUAAUAAUCAUACUCCUUUUUUUUUUUUUGUUUUGUCAAUCUGUUUCAGUUUCUACAUGAUGUUUGGGUGUUUCGGUCUUUUCGUUUCUCGUGUACAGUACACAGUGUGUAUGAUACAGCUGUAAUACAGUUACUGGCGGUAGAUACACGAAAGUCAAAUUAG